AGGCGGGCGAGAGGCGGCCGCUCCGCCGGGCUGCGCGGGCGGGGGGACAGUGGUGAGGGAAGGCGGCAGCUGGGGGGGACGGCAGCGCCGGGUUGGCUCCCCCCGCCCCCCUUCCCCCCUCCCGGGCCGGAGGAAGAUGGAGCUCGGUUAGUAAGGGUUUGCGGGAGGAGCAGCGGGAGCAGGCAUACUCCAGAGCUUCAAAAUCAGAAGUACAAUCAGCUGGACACUCUCCUCCUGGCUUUCUUAAUAGAGAGAAAGUGGGUUUACUGAUUUGGAUGUCCACUUCAUUUGCCUCCCCAAAAUGAGUUAGGGCAUGCAGGAGAAAAAGGAGGUUUUUUGCAAGUAGAACCUACCAUGAUUUCUCAGGGGACAAAAUUUUGCUUAUUCAUACCUUCUACUGUGGCAAAAAUGGAUUAUUUUUCUCACCAAAAACCAGCAGCGUAAUGCCCAUCUGACAUAUGCCUCAAGGAACCCCUAUUUAAAGUCUAUUUUUAUUUCUCUGUAGCUGUGGUACAACCAAGAGCCAUCCAAUAUCAUCUGCUACAAGUAGGAAAUCUCGAUGCUACUCUUUAUUCUCGGCACAUGGUAAAGCUGCAACUGAGCUUGUGAGGAAGAAUUAACAAGAAAAAAAUCAUUAAUGUUCAGUGAUGGAUGCCUUCUAGUCAACCAGCGAGUCCUCCCACUGCUGCGUGUCUGGCAGCAUCUCUGGAUGAUCACAUGACUCUUGAUAUGGAUGCAGUCCUGUCAGACUUUGUUCGGUCCACAGGGGCAGAACCAGGUCUGGCAAGAGACUUACUGGAAGGCAAAAAUUGGGACUUGACAGCAGCUUUGAAUGACUAUGAGCAGCUCCGUCAGGUACACACCGCCAACCUGCCCCAGGUAUUCAAUGAGGGCAAGUACUACAAGCAGCAGGAGCCAGAGCAGCCUCCCCAGGUGACCAAGGCUGAGCGGCCCUGCUUGCAAAGGCAGGAUGACGUUGCCCAAGAAAAGCGUCUUUCCAGAGGUAUUUCUCAUGCCAGCUCAGCCAUAGUCUCUCUUGCUCGAUCACAUGUAGCAAAUGAAUGCAACAAUGAACAGUUUCCUUUGGAGAUGCCCAUCUACACAUUCCAACUACCAGACCUUAGUGUGUACAGUGAAGAUUUCAGAAGCUUCAUUGAACGUGACUUAAUUGAGCAGGCGACCAUGGUUGCUUUGGAGCAAGCAGGACGGCUAAAUUGGUGGUCCACAGUGUGUACCAGCUGCAAACGUCUUCUUCCCUUGGCUACAACAGGUGAUGGAAACUGCCUCUUGCAUGCUGCAUCUUUAGGGAUGUGGGGAUUUCAUGACCGGGACCUUGUUUUACGUAAAGCACUCUAUACGAUGAUGAGAAGUGGAGCUGAAAGGGAAGCACUGAAGAGAAGAUGGAGAUGGCAACAAACCCAGCAGAAUAAGGAGUCAGGUUUAGUGUACACAGAAGAAGAAUGGGAACGGGAGUGGAAUGAACUGCUUAAACUGGCAUCAAGUGAGCCUCGUACACAUUUCAGCAAAAAUGGAGGCACUGGUGGUGGAGUCGAUAAUUCAGAAGAUCCAGUGUAUGAGAGCUUAGAAGAGUUCCAUGUUUUUGUCUUAGCACAUAUUUUGAGAAGACCUAUUGUUGUAGUAGCAGACACAAUGUUACGAGACUCAGGGGGAGAAGCAUUUGCACCUAUACCAUUUGGAGGAAUUUAUUUGCCACUUGAAGUUCUGCCUAACAGAUGCCAUUGCUCACCACUUGUGCUAGCCUAUGAUCAGGCCCAUUUCUCUGCUCUGGUUUCCAUGGAACAAAAAGAUCAACAGAGAGAACAAGCGGUGAUCCCCCUGACUGACUCUGAACACAAGUUACUGCCUUUGCACUUUGCAGUCGAUCCUGGGAAAGACUGGGAGUGGGGAAAAGAUGACAAUGAUAACACCAGACUGGCCAGUUUGAUUCUGUCUCUUGAGGCAAAGCUUAAUCUUCUACACAGCUAUAUGAAUGUAACAUGGAUACGCAUACCAUCUGAGACACGGCAGGCCCCUUUGGCUCAACCAGAAUCCCCUACAGCUUCAGCCGGAGAAGACGUUCAGUCUCUGGCUGACUCAAUGGACUCGGACAGAGAUUCCAUCUGUAGUAAUUCCAACGGCAAUAAUGGCAAAAACAGUAAAGAAAAAGAAAAGGACAAACAGAGGAAAGAUAAAGACAAAACCAGGACGGAUUCUGUUGCCAAUAAAAUAGGAAGCCUCAGUAAAACCCUGGGAAUUAAACUCAAAAAGAAUAUGGGUGGUCUCGGAGGCCUGGUGCACGGCAAAAUGAGCAGAGCCAAUUCAGGGAACGGAAAAAAUGGUGAUGCAGUAGAGAAAGUCAAAGAGAAGAAGUCUAAGUCUCGAAAAGGGAGUAAAGAGGAAUCUGGACAGUCUGCAAGUACUUCUCCAUCUGAAAAGACCACUCCAUCUCCAACUGACAGAGCUAGCAACUCACCCAUUGAAAAGAUGAACACUAAAUCCUUCUCUGACAAGCAGUCUGACCCAUGGAAGUACAGCACGGAUGUGAAACUCAGCCUAAAUAUUUUGAGAGCUGCCAUGCAGGGUGAACGCAAGUUUAUUUUUGCUGGCCUUCUUUUGACCAGUCAUAGGCAUCAGUUCCACGAGGAGAUGAUAGGCUAUUACCUGACCAGUGCACAGGAACGUUUCAAUGCAGAACAGGAACAGAAAAGAAAGGAUGCUGAAAAAAAGGCUGCACUGAAUGGGUCAUCUAGUAAGAAACUAGAGCCAGAAGCAUAUUCAAAGGAAAAACUAGAAACAUCUCCUCAGGAUAGGGCAUCACCCGUCUUGCCUCAAAGCCAUACAACUCAACUGGUUUUAAAGUUUAAAGAUCGCACUAGCCCCACUCCCGGGUCGUUUUCUUCACCUAGUAAUGGUGCUAAGAAAAGCGGACCCAUUCCAGUGUCUGCCCACUAUAGCCAUACACCACCUGUCCAACGGCAAAGUGUCAUCCAUUUGCAUGAUGUCAGCUCCAAGCCCUCGAGCUUCCAAGAUGAUACCUACAAGCCAGUGGUUGGCACCUUAAAAACCUGUGCCACCUAUCCCCAACAAAACAGAUCACUGUCUUCUCAGAGCUAUAGCCCAGCACGGAUAUCCGGUAUCCGCACAGUGAACACAGUGGAGUCGCUGAGCUACACCCUGCCGACCGAACACAAGUCUCAGACGUACACCAAUGGAUUCAACACUGGCGACAUUAGAGACUGCUUAGAAUACGCUGAUGAGGACACCUCUCAGACCUGGUUGAACAAUGAUAAAAAUCAAGGCAGAAGCACAGUUUGCCCAAUAUACUCCAUCCAGCAGAACCGCUGUAAGAAGGAGAACUGUUCCUUUUAUGGUCGUCCUGAGACUGAAAAUUACUGUUCGUACUGUUACAAAGAAGAGUUAAAGCGCAGGGAGAGAGAAAGCAGAGGACACAGGCAUUGAGGAUUCUUCCACGACUACUUAGUUUUACCAUUUUUUCUUACUUACAAAGUAAACAGUGUUGAAUUGCAGUAAAAGGAAUCCUGAAAAACAGAAUAAAGGAUUGAUGAGUAAUUAGUGUCUAGCUUUUCGCUUUUCCGGGGCAACGAGGAAAAAAUAGAGUUAAUUU